UUUAUAUUCCAUGAUUCGAGGGGGAUUGAGGCUGGCUCCGUGGACGAGUUUCAGAUCAUACAUAGCUUUGUGCGCGAGCGGGCGUCCAAGUCAUCGCUUUCCGAGCGCUUGCAUGCCAUCUGGUUUUGUGUCUCGAUGGAUAACACGCGUCCGUUGGUUGAGGCUGAGCUCGCCUUUUUCAACGAAGAUACUGCAAAUGUACCGGUGGUAGUGGUGUUCACCAAAUACGAUGCACUGCUGGAUCGGGUAGCCAAUGACCUCGAUAUUAUUGAGAUGACAGAGCAGAGCCAGGCCGAUGUCGACAAGGCAGCAGAGGCCAGAUAUCAAGAGCAUUAUUGUAGCCGCAUCAUGAUGACUGCCAAUCCACCCAAAGCAGUUGUGAGACUCCAGGGUGAGGAACUAUCCUAUGGAAUGGACAAACUCGAGACACAGUGUCCCGAACUGUCUGAGCAGACAGCUGUGGCAAUAGACGAUCUGUCUCUACGCCAGCUGUUUGUCUCUGUGCAGCAGAAUAACCUACAUCUGUGCAUGCUUGAGGCGGCAAGGCAAGUUCAUGUCUUGAGUCAUAUCCAGUAUUUUGUCUGUUAA